UGUGAAGAGGUGUGCAUCUUUUUCCUGGUAUGAUAAGUCAAGUUGUCUCGAAGACUUUAUGUGGUUGUCUACUCUUCACUGACUUUUGACAGUGAGUAGCUUACACUCUGUUAACCUCCGUUUGCUUUGUAUGGGCGGGAACAGCCCACGCAAACAGUCUAGCCACAGAUAUAGUUGGAGUAGGCUAAAACCGGCCGUGGCCACCAGUUAAUCCUCUUUGCCAUGGUUAUCCCCGUCUCAGAAGCACUUGAGAUGGCACUUGUUGAGACACAGAGAAUUGCUGGUUCAAUAUCAAAUGGUGGGAGUAUGUAGCCAAAGCUGUUAGUGGUGGUCGGAAAUGCGGCAUCCUUUUCAUCAUGCCAUAAUGGAAACUCAUCUUCCAUAAGCAAGCAAAUUCCCACAGCACAUGUGGCCAGCCCAGUUUCUGCAGUGACCGGACACCCCCACCCCCACACCCAGCAGCCAUGAGUGCUGAAAGUGACACAGACCGGGACGCUGAUGACCACACUGAGCUGGUCGACAUGGUGGCCGACAUCAAUUUAUCCGCCAACCGCGUCACGCUGCCCAAUGGCAACCGUGUGGCGCCAGGGAAGAGGCACCGCCUCACCAUGUCGGACAGGAAGCUCUCCCUCCAGGAGCGGAGCACCUUCCAGGCCAGCGGGAGGACGGCGCGCAGGCCCACCAUAGAGUCCAAUCGAGUGUCCAUCUCAGAUGGCGAGGACUGCGUACAACUCAACCAAUACAAGCUGAAAGAUGAGAUUGGAAAGGGGUCCUAUGGUGUUGUUAAGCUGGCCUACAAUCAAGAUGAUGAACAGUAUUAUGCAAUGAAAGUGGUUUCCAAAAAGAAGCUGAUAAAGCAGUAUGGGUUUCCACGGCGCCCUCCCCCUCGUGGGUCACAUGAGAAGCAACCAAAGGCUUUUAGCCCACUGGACCUGCUCUACCAGGAAAUCGCCAUCCUUAAGAAACUAGACCACCUGAACAUCGUCAAAUUAGUGGAGGUGCUCGAUGAUCCGGAUGAAGACAGUCUGCACAUGGCUUUUGAGUUAGUGAAGCGAGGCCCAGUGAUGGAGGUCCCCACGGACAUCCCCUUCACUGAGGAGGAGUGUCGCUUCUACUUCAGAGACAUCGUCCUCGGCAUGGAAUACCUGCACUACCAGAAGAUCAUCCACAGGGAUAUCAAGCCCUCGAACCUGCUCCUUGGAGACGACGGCCACGUCAAGAUCGCAGACUUUGGUGUGAGCAACGAGUUUGAGGGGAAUGAUGCCCUUCUGUCCAGCACAGCAGGAACUCCAGCCUUCAUGGCUCCGGAGACUCUCACUGACCAUGAUGAGAGCUUCAGUGGCAAGGCUUUGGAUGUGUGGGCGAUGGGUGUUACAUUAUACUGUUUCGCUUUUGGAAAGUGCCCUUUCGUUGACGAGUAUAUCCUAGCGCUGCACACCAAGAUCAAGAGCAGCCCUGUGGAGUUUCCUGACACGGCUAUCAUCAGUGAAGGUUUGCAAGAUGUCAUCCGUUCCAUGUUGAACAAACUUCCCGAAACAAGAAUCACCAUCCCAGAGAUCAAGGUACAUCCAUGGGUCACGCUCUGUGGCACAGACCCCCUGCCUCUAGAAGAGGAGCACUGCACUGUGGUGGAGGUCACUGAGGAGGAGGUGCAGAACUCAGUCAAACUCAUCCCCAGCCUAUCUGCUGUGAUUCUGGUGAAGUCUAUGCUGAGAAAGCGUUCUUUCGGCAACCCCUUCGACAUGCCUGCCAGGAGACAGAGCCGAUCUAUGUCCGCCCCAGGACUUCUUAUGUCGGAGAUGAUCAAGUCAGGCAUGAAGACUCCAUCACUAAGCAUAACAUUGGACAGUACAUACCUUGCAAGAUCUGAAGUACACCCACAGUGUACUCUCAUGCUGGCAACAGGUACAGCAGCACUGGAAGCAGGGAGGGAGAGCUGGAGGACGUGACAGAGGAUGACACAUUCUUCUGAGAUGUCACCACUGUGGAAGAUUUUGUGUGAAGGCCAUUUUGAAGACUCUUUCUAUUAGUUACAAUGGUCAUAGCACAAUUUUUCUUGCCUCUGUCCAUUGACUUGUUUCCAUCUAUGCUGAGAUGUUACUUUGAACAUAUCCCUCAGCCCUGUGACUUCUCCUUAGCUGCUUGUACCUCUGUUUGGGCAUUCAUGCCAUUUCUACUGGUUCUAGGACACGUUGUAGAAUCAGUUCAUCAGAAGUAGUUUUGGGAAUUCUCUUUUAUUUUUGUUACAGAAAAAGUCAGUGGGCUAUAGUCCUGGAUCUAAUGUUUCUGAGGUGUAGACUGUAAAUGAAGUGAUAAACUACAGGCUUGAAGAAAUAUCUGAUCAGGACAGGGUGGAACUUACUAAUGAGUCUUAUUUUCUGGCGAAUAUUGAUGAUGAACAUUCUCUCCAGAGACAGAUCAGACAGACUUUUAUACAAUAAUUCACUGGCUUACAUUUGACAUGUUAUCACAAGAGGAUAGGUUCUGUACUCAUUACAACUGUUUACAAUGUGCCAUAUACUGUAGACUGUAUCAAUAGCUGUAUGUUAAAUAAGUGUGUAGUCCAUCAUCAUAUUCACAAUAUUUGUCUGUAUUAUUUUGAUUAUUUGUCUUUAAAUUAAUUGACUGUUGACUUUUCAGUUAUUAUUGUGCAGAAAUGGCGGUACUGUUAAGAUAUGAAGAUAUAUGUCUUUAAUGGGGAUGGAGCCAUGGUUUCAUGGUGGCACAGCACUCCUUGAAUGUAUAUAUCUGCAAAAUUGUGAAAACUGUCUGUGAUGUUGAAGGAUCUUUUGUCUUGAAUUAACAUGUAUUCCUGUAGUCAUCCUGAAGAUAUUGCACCUUGACGGAUAGCACUUUGUUUUUGUCCUUGUAAUUGAUCAUUCACACGAAUGAAAUUCACUAAUCUGAGGAUACUUUUGCGCUGUUUUUCUGUGGGAGUGGCUAUAUCUGAACUGCUAAUCUGGCUUCCAUUUCAUGUAUCCCAACAUUCUGAAUGACCUGUCACUAAUCCAGGAGAUUUCACUCGUGCUCAUGGAGCCCCCUUGCCCCACCCAUCUUCUAUCCAUUUCCUGCUCCAACCAAGUCAUUAAAAGUGUCAUUCAAAUGCUCUCCUCUAGAGUGCCACGGAGAGUUCCCUCAGGUAUUUGGAGCAAGGAAAAAUUAAAAAUAUGCAGAGCAGUGGUGUGAAGUGGCGCUUCUGCUUGUAAUGAAUAUGUGGUGAUAUGUCUGCCAAAUUGAGUUAAACAUAUGUCACUGUGGAUUGUGAAAUAAAAAUAAAUAAGAUGUGA